CAGAACGGAGACACCGACCAGGGCUGCAGGUUGUCGCAUGCCGGUGCUCAGGGAAGAGGAAGGACUGGUCGUGCUCCUUGUCGCAGGUGCACGCCCUUGAGGCCCCCGCCAGCUCGCGAGGGUUGCGCGGAGCUUUGUUGUUUGCGGACUGGAAGGGACAUUUGGUUUCCUCCCUUCAGCCCUCCGGGGCUGCAAGUGCUGUCUGACUUGAUAACCUGCGUCCUGCGUCCCCCACCUUCUCGUCGGCCCUCCACUCGUUGCCCCUCCCUCCCCACGAGCUGCAGCCAUCGCGACAAGUACGCGAGACAUCCCCGCCACGUCCUCACCGCCAUGGUAUCCGUAGCGGCACUUCUUAACCCGGAGCCCCCGCGGGCUCCAUUGCCAACGUCCCGCCCCCCUCCGGUUUCACCCUCCCAGCGGACUGUAGCCUUUCGAAGCCAGCCAACUCCCGUCACCCCCUCGAUCGAGACGCUCAGAAUGACCGAAGAUUCCAAGAACGCCCCUCGGUGCACCGCCAGGGCCGUCAUGAACUUCCCACCCUUCGAAGUCCUGGACGGGUCUUCGCUCUGCGAGGUUCGCAAGUUUCAAGUGCACCCCUUUGGCUCCAUCCAGGAGACCUGCGAGCGGAUACCCUACAAUAGCGGCAAGAAGGACUUCUUUACCAAGACUGGUAGAGAAGGGUUCGAAGCCUUCCAUUACGACUUCAAGAUUCCCGGAGACGACACCAACUACACCGUCAUGUGGGAUUACUGUGUCGGCCUGGUCCGCAUGACAUCCUUCUUCAAGUGCCGUGGCUACAGCAAGACCACGCCCGCAAAAAUGCUCAACCUCAACCCGGGUCUCAAGGACAUCACCCACAGCAUUACCGGUGGCUCCAUCAAAGCCCAAGGUUACUGGAUGCCAUACGCCUGCGCCAGAGCCGUCUGCGCGACAUUCUGCUACAAGAUCGCCGGCGCUCUCAUCCCGCUUUUCGGUCCGGAGUUCCCCUUAGAGUGCAUCCCCGAGAACGCCCACGGACACGGCCGCAUGGUUAUCAGCCCAGAUAUUGUGGAACAAGCGAGGAAUGAUGCCAUUGCGCUGUUCAGACCGGUCGCGGCCCUCCCUAGUCCGCGACCAUCCCGCAGCAUUAGCCCCUUGCCAUCUCAGCGUUCAGCACGCAUUCAUGAGUCCUACGACUACCCUUCGGAUUACGACCCGCGCCUGCUCCUGAGCCCCUACACCGAUACAGACGUCGACUACCGACCGACAUCGGGAUCCCACGGCCGUCGAAUGUGCACGACCAUGGCGCCUCUGCGGACCCCAGCGUCAAGACCCCCCCUAGGCCCAGCGCCGGUACCCACGCCGCAGGGUUCACCGGGGUGGGCAGCCGUGAACCGGCCACCCCAACCCCCCGCCCCGUACCACCGUCGCGGCAUCUCUCACCUCCACGAGGGGCUCCUAAGCCUCAACGUCCCGGCGACCGCCAACCCCUGGCUGUCCGCCAUUCCGCGUUCUCCGACACCAGGUGCCGCAGGUGGCACAAACGACUGGCACCCAUCGUACCAACCCCGCUCCGACCACCCCAACCAUCCCCCAUACCCCGAUAACAAUUCCCCACCGCCCGUCGCCUCCACCUCCCUACCGGAGCGGGGCGCCACCCUCGCCCCGCUGCGCCUCAAGCGCCGCUACAGCAAGGUCGACGCCACGCCCGACACCCACCACUACCCCCACCCCCACCACAACAACAACAACACCACCACCUACAACAACUACUACAACCUCGCCGCCACCACCUCAGAAGACGACGGCGAAUACGACCUCGACUACGACGCCGGCUCCAGCCACGCCGCCAGCCCCGGUGCCAGCGCCAGCGUCAGCCCGCAGUCCGUGGCGGCGGCGCCGCCGCCCACCCCGGUCUGGACCGGCAACAACAGCCAGGGCGCGAACGCGCCGCCCCAUCCUCGCACCGCCAAGACCUCGACCACGGUCACCGCCACGGCCACGGUCAUGGCUAUGGCUCCCAGCCCGGGCGACGCCUCCGAGGAGGAGGACGGUGCUGCUGCGCGGCGCGCGUCGGAGCGCGAUGCGGCGCUGAUGCUGAUGCAGAUGCACCUGCGCGGUCGCGGUGGUAGUGGUGGUGUCGGUGAUGGGGUUGGGGAUGGAUUGGGUGGUAAGGGCGACGGUGCCGUUUCUGCGCGGCCGUCGAGCUGGGCGCCGGCGCCUGUUGCUGAUGCUGCUGGUGCUGGUGAUGCUGGUGAUGUUGCUGAUGUUGCUGCUGCUGCUGUUCCCGCCGUGGUCAGCGUGAGUCGCGCUUCGCAGCCCGUUGCGGCUGGGCCGACUACGAGGUCGAAGCGGCGGAGGACGUUGGAGCGUUAAAAGGGUGUUUGCCUAGUUGGUGUGGGCGAGAUUGGAUUGAGGCGCGGUUGGAGUUACUGGCGUUGUGUUUGGUAGAGUGGAUGGGCCUUUGGGAUAGUACGGCUCGGCGGAGGGUUGGUGCUGGGUACGGUCUUGAUUUUGGUGAGUGGUUACGGUGUCUUGUCUCCUUGCUUUGCCUUGGCGUUUACUUUGUAUGUUUUCUUUGCUGGUUGGACGGGCGACUGGAAGGGGGCAGUUCAGGGGUUGACGGGUUCUGUUAGGCGCAGGUGAAGGUGCUGGGUUGU